AUGCUCAAAAAAGGGGGGUGGCAGUUAAGGGGUUAAUAAAAUGCUCUCAGUCUCAGGCAUUAUGCAACUCCCGGAAAUUAGAAUGAAUUUGCAGUCCAAACAGCAUCAAAGCCCAGAUUAUCAUUGGAGAACUGCAAGAAAUAUGUGCAUUCAUUGAUUUACUAUCUCUAUAAGGGCCAUUUAUCAGAAACCGAUAAUCCAAACAUAUUUGUUUCAAUUUCUUGUUUUAACUGUAUAGUGGAGAGAACAGGAGAGGUAGGCACAGGUAUAGUGUUAUGUAUGCAUAUUUAACAAAUGAAAAUAUAUUUUAAAAACUUACAUAUACGAUGUUGAUAACUGUGGAAAAGUGUCCACUAAAUGUGUUUUAUGGAAAAAAUUUAAAAGUUGAGCAACUACGCCCUCUAUAGGACGGUUUUGCUAUGUAUGUGUAAAAUGUUAUUGGAUUAUUUGACAUGGCGGAAGAUCUGCGAAUUCUCCCUUUUAAAAGGCUCUUACUGCUGAUUUUUUUCACCAAGCAUAUACGUGUUUGUUUGAAGGUGAAGGCGAUGCGUUAGUCUGCGAUUUAAAAACCGAUUAUUUUAUUCAUAUUUUGCAGCAGUUUAUUCUUAUAAACGAAUGUAGCAUGUAGGCUAAACGUUGUUGAAGCCAGCUAAACGUUGUUGAAGCCAACAUUGUUUUGCACUAGAUUAAAUACCUUUCUUGCUUUCUUGUCAGUUUAAUGUAUAAGAGGCCAUGAAUACUAAAGAGAUAAUUCAUUAUGCUAUACAAAUAGAAAAGUUGCACAGUGAUGGCAGCUAUGAAGAUAUUGUACCAUUACUGACAGAUCUGAAUAACAUUUCUGUCACAUUAGAGCAGAUUCAGACUACAGAGAUUGUGAAGGUUCUUUAUAAACUACUUAAGGUCUGUCCAGUUGUGAGUGCUAAAACAAUAGCAAAGAGCUUGCUCUCAAAAUGGAAGAAGUUGUACAAGUUGUCACCUAUGUUGAAAAUGAAUAACAAAGACACAUGGGAAGACAAGGAACUAGAGACACAUAACCUGCCUAAUGUUGAGGUGUCUUUGGAAAUUCCCUCUGUAACCAUUGGAUCUCAGCACUUAAAUGAAAAAGGGAAUGCGAAUCAAGAAUUUACAUGCAACACAGAGCAACAUGAUAUAACAAAGGAUGUAAAACAGGACAAAUGUGAAGACAGUAGUGUGGGCUCAGAUAAGUUGUCUUCUGAAAAGCCUUGUCCAGCGAACGACGCUGCAGAAUCUGUUCAGCUACAACAUGAGGAACAACGCUUCACUCCAGCCACAACGUCACAUAGAUCUGAUAGAGAGGAAGAUUUUAGAACAUCAGUUCCUCAAAACAUUAAUCAGCCCAGCACUUCCUCUGACUCCAUGGCAUUGAGAUCCAAAUGUAUCUUGCUGAUUCUCCAGGCUCUUACCCCAAAUCAGCAAAAAGACUCAGAUCAUAUGAACAAACACAAAGCCCUUGCUCAGGACAUUGAAGCACAUGUUCAUGCUCUUUAUGGAAGAAACCAGCUUAAGUACAAGUCCUGCAUCAGGAGCAAGGUGGCCAACCUAAAGAACCCAAAAAACCCUCAUCUACGCCAAGGCCUUAUGUCAGGACAGCUGACUCCAGAGGCAUUUGCCCGGAUGUCUGCAGAGGAAAUGGCAGGGGCAGAACUUCGACAGCUCAGGGAAGGUUACACCACUUUGGGCAUCAGUGAGCAUCAGUUACCAGAGGCAGUGGAAGGGACACCCACCAAUAAAGUUUGCUGCAGGCGCUGUGGCAGUUUGGACUGCAGGGUGACACAGAUAUCACGAGGGAUGCUGUUCUUGCCCUCGUGGGUACGGAGUGGCAGUGCAGAUGAUGAUUUGAUGACUUUUAUGACCUGUGCUAAUUGUGGAGAGCAGUGGUACCACAGCAGCUGGGUUUGCCUUUGAGCAAUGUAUUGAUAACUAAUAUGAUGAAUAUCAGUAUUGUUCUGUACUAUUUGACCUUUCUGUGCACAGUUAAAUCUAGUAAAGAUUUUCCAGUAAUAUUAA